CUGCUAUAGUCAUAUGACAGUCGAUAAAGAAAUAGAGAAAAGUAUUUUUCCUCACAAGUCAAGAAGGAAAAAAAACCUUUUUGUUUGCUGUAAAAACAAGAAACGGAUAUAACCACCAUUUACGAAGAUUUUCAAAAAAAGAUUGAAAAAUCUUUAAGUCUUCACAAAUCAAUAUCAUUUUGAAAGUUAAUUUACGGGUCAUUUGUGAAAGCAAAACAAAGGAGGAAAAAUGACUGGCUCAGGUUUUAUGUUCAACAUUGAUGGUGGUUACUUGGAGGGUUUGUGCCGUGGUUUCAAGUGUGGAAUUUUGAAACAAUCCGACUAUUUGAAUUUGGUGCAGUGUGAAACAUUGGAAGAUUUAAAAUUGCAUUUGCAAAGUACGGAUUAUGGCUCCUUCUUGGCUAACGAACCCUCUCCCUUGUCCGUCUCCGUUAUCGAUGACAAAUUGCGUGAAAAGUUGGUCAUUGAAUUCCAACAUAUGCGCAAUCAUGCCGUCGAACCCUUGGCCAGUUUCCUGGACUUCAUUACCUAUGGCUAUAUGAUUGACAACAUCAUUUUGUUGAUUACUGGUACUCUCCAUCAACGCCCCAUCUCGGAGUUGAUUCCCAAAUGUCAUCCAUUGGGUAGCUUCGAACAAAUGGAAGCCAUUCAUGUUGCUGCCACUCCAGCUGAAUUGUACAAUGCCGUUUUGGUUGAUACCCCAUUGGCUCCAUUCUUUGUCGAUUGCAUUUCCGAGCAAGAUUUGGAUGAAAUGAACAUUGAAAUUAUCCGUAAUACCUUGUACAAAGCCUAUUUGGAAGCUUUCUAUGAUUUCUGCAAGAACAUGGGUGGUUCCACUGCUGAUGUUAUGUGUGAAAUUUUGGCCUUCGAAGCCGAUCGCCGUGCCAUCAUCAUCACCAUCAACUCCUUUGGCACUGAAUUGUCCAAGGACGAUCGUGCCAAAUUGUACCCACGCUGUGGUAAAAUGAAUCCCGAUGGUUUGGCCGCUCUGGCUCGUGCCGAUGACUAUGAACAAGUCAAGACCGUGGCCGAAUACUAUGCUGAAUAUGCUGCCCUUUUCGAUGGCUCCGGCACCAAUCCUGGUGACAAGACUUUGGAAGAUAAAUUCUUCGAACAUGAAGUUAAAUUGAAUGUAUUUGCUUUCUUGCAACAAUUCCACUUUGGUGUGUUCUAUGCCUAUUUAAAAUUGAAGGAACAGGAAUGCCGUAACAUCGUCUGGAUCGCUGAGUGUGUUGCACAAAAACAUCGUGCGAAAAUUGACAAUUACAUCCCCAUUUUCUAAAUGUAUUCAAGUCUCAACAUCCACAUAUUAGAAUGUUAGUAUGAAAUGUGUUCGAAGAGAGAACGAAAGAGAGAGAGAGGUGUUUUUAAUUAAAAGUCCAAAAAAACCUGGUCAAAAUGCACCCUACCAUCCGCUUUAUCCAUGUUUAAUUGGUCUAAGUAUUUUUUUUGUUGUUGUUUUAUUAUUAUAGAAAAAAAGUUGUAGAUUUAAUGCAACUUUUAAAAUUUUGCUUUAACUAAGUAUUCAAACACCACCCCAUACCCUUUGUUUUAUUUUUCUUCUUGUCGCUGUGUAAUUAUUUUGUUUAUUUAAUUGAUGGCAGUAAUUUUUACUUCCGUUUGUUCUUUUCCUUCAAAUUUAUGUUCAUUUCAUAAAACAAUAUGGAAUCGAAUCAUAAUAAUCUGAAAACAAAUUAUAGAUAUUUACCAUACCUAAAAUAAAUAAAAAAUGAAAUUGUAUACAUAUAUAUUGUUAGCAAAUUAUAUUGUAAUUAUGUAAAAAAAGAUACAAAAACCUUAAAUAUCGUGCAAAAAUAAUAUAUAAAAUAUAUAAAACAGUUUCCAAACAUUCCUUUACACAAA